CUUGCAAUAUACACUGAAAGGUAUCCCAGUGCGGACUGCCCUGCCUGUGGACUAACGGCAACAUUGGACCAUGUGUUGUGGGAGUGCGAAGCCAUGGGCUCCUCCUUCAGCGAGGAUAGGUGUGCUGGGCUCUUGUACAGCCCCGAAUUCAACCACCACACCCUGGCCGUCCAGAGUGCCAGCGAUGGGGCCGUCAAGCUCGGCUUGGCGGUCCCUACGUGAGGCUAGCCGGGUGGCACGGGUUUUCCCCAGCGUCUUCUCUAGACAUAUUGAAGUUAUUUCACUCACUCACUCACUUACUUUAUAGUUUCAUACAAUAAUUAAUGUAGGAAGCCAUAUGUUGGUGACCGUUCAAAUUAACGCGCCUACGCUCCUCUUGAUAACAAAUGCAAAUCUCGAAGGCUAUGCUUUUAUUAGUUGCAUGUGACGGAAGUAAUUGAGGGAGACGCAAAAACGUAUUACACAAAAAUAAAAGGGCCGAAAAAAACAUAUCCCUUUAUUUAGCGUGGUAUAAGGAUAUAGAUGGUCAAGUUCAGGCCUCUUAAAGGUGGCGCCUUCUGAAUUAGAAAAAAAAAAAAAACAUAUUUUAAAGGCUAUGCUUUUGCUGGUUGAAUGCUGCAGAAACAAUCUCGAGAGCCGAAACACGCCAUCGACUUCAAGUUUUGAACACCACCUACUGUGCAGUCAUUCUGUAAUCAUUAUUAUGACGCAAAAAUUAUGAUGCCAUCCAUCGCCUCAGAGGCUGGUCCAUUGUCGGACGACUAGUGGUACGCCGAGUCACUGAGGCCAUGAGCCCCGCUUGAAUCGUUUGUGGCAGUCUCAAAAGAGGGCGAUGCCGAACUGACGUCCGGUUAGGCUGGCAACGCGUAUACGAAUAUGUUUCCGGUCGUGAAUCGUUUUCCCGCCAAGUUUCACAGCUGACGGUGCUGUGCUGCGGUGUGUUUGUGGUUCCCGGUCGCACGGUGAACUAAAGCGCAUCGACAAGAGAUACCGUGCGCUGUUUCGUGCGAUGAGCGAAUCCAUAUCAUCUUUAGUCCUUUCGGACAUUCAGGCAGCAUGCAGCACACUCGGAGGAUGGGAUGAAGGCAAAUACUACAAAGAACCUGAUUGCAUAGAAAGCCUGAAGGACCUCCUGAGGUAUCUGAGGCGUGAUGACGAGUCCCACGAGAUCCGGCGCAUCCUGGGCCGCAUUCAAGUUCUGAAAACAGAUCUACUGCCCCUGCUCAAGUUUUAUCCUGACGAUGACAGCCUGUUUGAUGUCAUCAUAAGGUUGCUGGUGGACCUCAUGAAUCCUGCCAUAUUACUGUACAAGGAAGAGCUUCCAGUCGAGAAGUUUGCCAGGAACAACUACUUGGAAAUUGUAUCUCAUCUUCAGUCAUACAAGCUGGCUUUUACAGAUUCAAAAGUGUGGAUUGCUAUCACCAAAAAGCUUGAGUCACUUUUACACAAAAAUUGGGAGACCCGACAGGAAGAAGACAAGGACAUGAUUGAGCGCAUCCUUGUCCUGAUUAGGAACGUUCUUCAUGUGCCUGCCAACCCAUCUGAAGAAAAGCGCACUGAUGAUGAUGUUAAUGUACAUGACCAAGUUCUUUGGGCAAUGCACCUUGCUCAUACUGAAGACUUGUUACUCUAUGUCACCAGCAGUGAUGAUGAAACAGACUACUGUUUUCAUUGUUUGGAAAUUUUGUCCCUGAUGCUGCGAGAACAGUCCCCAGAAGUACUGGCUAGGGCUGAACAGCCAAGGACUGCUGCUGAGAAAGAUGAAGAUAUCCGAGAACUUCUUAAAGCCAGGGAAGCAGAGCUUGCAAGAAAGAAGAUGCAGAUGCAGGCAAGGACAAACAGGCACCCUCGUUUUGGUGGAACGUUUACCGUGAAAAACAUGAAGGGAAUUGGCGACAGUGACUUGGUUGCCCAUGACACUCUCUCCAAGCUUUCCCAAAUGAGCUUUGAUCGAUCCAAGCCAUUCAAGCCCAAAGCAAAAAACAAAAGGCCUGUUCUAGAAGCAAAUGACGUUAUGAGGAGGUCCACGUUGAACAUUCGGCUGUUCCUGAAGAGACUCUGCACUGACUUUCUCAAGUGGUGCUAUAAUCCCAUGAUGCGAACAGUCAAGAGCUUCCUGCAACGCAACAAAGCCCUGUCACACGACGAAGGCUACUACUUUUGGGCAUUGAAGUUCUUCAUGGAGUUUAAUCGCCAUAACGGCUUCGAUGUCAGCCUUGUUAGUGAGACCAUAUGCAAAGAGGCAUUCCACUAUGUGCAGACGCAGCUUGAACAGUAUUACGAAAUGAUGGUCACUGACAAAGGCAAGAUUCGUAUCUGGUCAAAGAGGCUUCACGUUGGCUUGAAAGCUUAUCAGGAGUUGCUGCGAACCCUUGCUGCCAUGGACAGCAGCCCUGAAGAAGCUGUCCGAGAAGCAGCCAAAGUUCUUAAAGGCACAAUCUUCUACCUACCUGAGUAUAGAGAAAUUGUCCUGCAUCUUCUGUUGAACUUCAACGAAAUCGUGCAACCCAUCUCUUACCUUCGGGACUUGGUGGAAAUGGUUCAUGUCUACGUUAAGAUGCUUCAGCACUUCGCCAAAGGCCACCGACAUAUUAUAGUGAAGCAAAAGGCCAAGGCACGGAGAAAGCCAAAGAAGAAGAAACCAAAAGAAAGUACCCCAAGCAAUGCUGUCAGUGAAGAAGUACGGCAACAAGAAUGGCUUGAAGUGUCGUCCGAAAUUUCCAUGGCUCUGCAAGGUGAAGAGGAGCUUCCUGAUGACGUCGUUCCAUACGACUCUACAUUGGACAACACUGAGAGUGAACAAAAGCUUGAUGCUGUGUCCCGUAUCCAUGCUGCGCUUAAGGCCAGAGAAACAGCCAAGGCUGUGGCUUUACUACGAGCAGGCCAAGAAUUGUGGCCAGGCCAGGACAUGUUUGGCUCCCAAGAGGACGGAACCGAGUUUCAGGCCCUCAAGGAGAUCUUCUUUGCCAACAUGGCAGGUGUCACGCCUGAAGCACCGGCGGCCGAGGAGAUUCAGCGCGACGAAGGCAAUGAAGAGGAGGGUGAAGAAGAACAGGAUGGAUACCACUCGGACAGGGAACAAGUGUUGCAGUUCGAUGAUUUCAUCAAGCGAUUCGCCAACCCGAAAGUGGUGAUUGCCUACUGCAAGCUGCUCUCUCAUUUCCGGACGAACUCACCGGCGACGAACCAACAUGUGUUGCGCAUGCUGCACCGUCUCGCCGUGGACCUCAAGAUGUACCCGAUGCUCUUCCAAGCCAGCGUCUUGAGGACCUUUCAGAGGAUUAUGCACGACUGCUACUCGCUCCCUAAGGACAGAGUCGACAGCGCUCUUAAGGAACUGGCACGCCUGGCGACAUUCGUCGUCCGAAAAUUCGUGGCCACGGCUCAGGAAAACAAGAUUGCGUUCGCCGAAUUGCUGUUCUGGAAGAAUACAAAGGACGCGUACGAGCUGGUCCACGGUUACGGCACCGAGUCAAAGAAAGCCAGUAAAAUUAUGUGGACUGAGGAGCAAGUGUACGAGCUGAAAGUUCUCUACGAACGCUACAAGGAUGAGGCGACCCCAGACAAGGACGUCGUCGAUCUCAUACUGGAACACAUGAUCGACGACACGAGGACCCGACGCAGCGUGCUCUUGCAGCUGAAGAAGUUGGACCUCAUAGAGAGCGUAAAGGGUUUUACCAAGAAAGCAAAGGCGAACGCACCUUGGAGGGGUGAAGACGUGAUUGAACUUCGGGAGCUCUUCGAAAAGUAUCGGGAGUCAACAGACAUCAUGGGCCAAAUCCUGGAGCACCUGAGCGUCAAGCGACCACGGCACCGAGUCGUGGACAAGAUCCUCGAGAUAGGUCUCGUGUGCAACCGCAAGGAGCUGCGCAAGAAGCAAGCACGCAAGGAUGGACGCGCCGGUGGUAGCGGCCGCCAGCGGCAAGGAUCGGACGACUCCGGCUCUUCGUCCGCCGACGAUGACAACGACGACGAGCGCAUCUACGGUUUGUUCAAGAGCGGCGAAGCACCUGUGCGCCCAGCUCAGCAGAAGAAGAAUGGAGGCCGUACACCGAGGAACGCACUGAGCCGGCCUCCUAAAGACGCGCCUACUUUUCGCACCGUACCUCGGACAGAAGUUGCUACAUCACCGGAAGAACUCAGGACCGUUCUUUCCAAUCUGGCGGAGGCCGGCUGCCAGGAGAGCUUGGAGUGGCUGUUGUCCUCUCUGGAAGACGCGCUGGAGGACUGGGACCCGGAAGAUCCAUCCUCCGUGCCUCUGGUUCCCAUCCUCGAGGCGCACCAUUCGUCGAUGGAGAACAGCGAUUUCUGCAGCUUGCUUCGCACAAUGGGAAUCCAGCCACCUGCGGACGAACAGGAAGCCUAUUGGCGCAUCCCUGCCGACAUGACAACCACCAUGCUCACCUCCCGGGUCACCGUCGUGAAGAGAGCGCUGGAGGGUGACUACGGUGCCCCACUCUUGGUCGUGGGCUCGGCCUCGAACGACGCGGCUCCCGAACUCGACUCGACUGGCUCCGAUUCCGACGGUGCCCCGCUGCUCGUCGUCGACGAGGACCGCGAAGCGUCUGUCACCAGUGCGCGAAUUCCUAAGAACAAGUUGAAGCACCGCAAGGCAUUACAAGCGCUUCUGCAGAAGAAGAGAGCGCGCCAGGAAGAGUUGUCCGACACAGACUCCGACGAGGUUGGUUUCGCCCGCAGGGACCAGCGGAAGCGGAAAAGGCCUCGCGGUCGGGACACCAGGGAGAGUGAAGAGGAGAUCGGUAAUACAGUCGAAACUCUGGAACACCGUUCUGACAGUGGCAUGAGCGGCGGCGAGCUUCCAGCGAGCGUGCCCGCCGCUAGCACGACUCUUAGCAAUGUCGAGCGAGGAAGAACACCUCCUCCACUUUCGGCGUCCGAACCGACCAAGAAGCGGAAGCGAGCGACGCUGGUCGUUGACAGCGACGAAGAACGAGAAUCGACCAAGCGUGCCGAAAUGGUGGGCGUCGACGACGAAGACGUCGGCCCCGUUGUGAUCGCCGACGACGAAAUCCCGGCGGUGGCGGCGGCGGCGGCGACAUCUGCCGCUAGCAGAACCGGUGCAGCAGCGCGCAAGGCCGGCAAGGGCGGUCGCCUGGUCGUACUCGACGACAGCGACGAGGACGACGUGCUCAACUUGUCUGGAGCCAACGUCCCUGACAGGAGCGUCACUGUUGCGAACGGUGAUGCCAGUUUUAACGGCGCUUCCGGAUCCGUCAUCGAUCUGGACGGUGAUAGUGACGUGGAGCUGAGUGACGUGGGGAGAAGGAAGAGCUCCGCGGGUCCAACUCGAGCUGGCAGCAUCAGCGACUCGCCAGAGACGGUGCCUGAAAGGAGAAAGAGAUUAUCGGCUGUCGUUGAGGGCGACAGUGGCGGAAGCGAUGCAGAAGUCCUAGAAGACGCCCCCAUCCGGCCUGCUGUUAGCAAGCCAGCCAAGGCCAGGAGAGCAGUCGUCAUUAGCAGCGAUGAAGAGGAUUAGCAGCUGGGACCAUAACACAACACCAACAGCACAAAUGUUAUCUGACUUGCAUUAUUUUACAAUCAUUUUACGUGUUUUAAAACAACAAACUGUGAAGACUUUCGUGUUUUAUCAAGUCACACAUAGUGGCGCCUUUUAUCGGCUUUUGAGGUGCCCUGUGUUUUAUGUGCAAGAACGGUUUAGUAUAAAUAAAAGAUGAUCUCUCCCGC